GGAUUGGGAGGGGGUUGCUGGUUUAAACCAAUAGGCAGAGAGUAAUGUUAAUGUAAUUUCAGUGUGUAUGGACCCUGAACGCACUAACAAGCGAGGUAUUACCGAAGUCUGAUCAGCUAUAUGCUGGGCUUCUGCCGUUGAUAUUUUGCUCAAAAAAUGCAGUGACUUUCGUUUUACUGAUUCUGACGGGGCAGCUCACGUGGAACACAGCGGCGCGUUGAUUACUCUCUGGACAUCUGAGCGGACACCAAUCCUACCAAAUGUGAUUCUAUCUCACAGAUAAAGGAAUAUCUGAAUCCGGACACUGUAUCACCUAGUUGAUCACUUUUAGAACCUGGGCCCAAUGAACCUGGAGAACGUGGGCCGGUACCACCCCGUCGCCCGGGCUCUGGACAUGGAGCAGAAGGCCAGCAAGCUCACCUUGGGGUUCCAGCGCAGCUCCACGUCCGACGACGACUCGGGCUGCGCCCUGGAGGAGUACGCCUGGGUCCCGCCCGGCCUGCGCCCUGAACAGGUGCAGCUGUAUUUCUCCUGUCUGCCCGAGGAUAAGGUUCCCUACGUGAACAGUCCUGGAGAGAAGUACCGCAUUAAGCAGCUCCUCUACCAGCUGCCCCCCCACGAUAAUGAGAUCCGGUACUGCCAGUCGCUCAGCGAGGAGGAGAAGAAGGAGCUGCAGAUGUUCAGCGUGCAGCGGAAGAAGGAGGCGUUGGGGCGGGGCACCCUCAAACUGCUGCCCCGAGCGCUGAUGCACACCAUCUGCGAGCAUUGCGGGGAGAACGUCAACGGGGGCGAGAUGGCGGUGUUUGCCUCCAGAGCUGGGCCUGGGCUGUGCUGGCACCCGGCCUGCUUCGUGUGCUCCACCUGCAGCGAGCUGCUGGUGGACCUCAUCUACUUCUACCAGGACGGGAAGAUCCACUGCGGCCGCCACCACGCGGAGCUGCUGAAGCCCCGCUGCUCUGCCUGUGAUGAGAUCAUCUUCGCAGACGAGUGCACAGAGGCCGAGGGCCGGCACUGGCACAUGAAGCACUUCUCCUGCUUCGAGUGCGAGACGGUGCUGGGAGGGCAGCGCUACAUCAUGAAAGACGGCCGCCCCUACUGCUGCGGCUGCUUCGAGUCUCUGUACGCGGAGUACUGCGAAGCCUGCGGAGAGCACAUCGGGGUGGACCACGCCCAGAUGACGUAUGAUGGCCUGCACUGGCACGCCACCGAGACGUGCUUCUGCUGUGCCCAGUGCAAGACCUCCCUGCUGGGGUGCCCCUUCCUGCCAAAACAGGGGCGCAUCUACUGCUCCAAGGCAUGCAGCCUCGGCGAGGACGUCCACGCCUCCGACUCCUCGGACUCCGCCUUCCAGUCGGCCCGGUCCCGUGAGUCCCGGCGGAGCGUGAGAAUGGGGAAGAGCAGCCGGUCGGCGGACCAGUGCCGGCAGUCCAUGCUCUUCUCCCCGGCCGCCAACUACAAAUUCCCCGGCUUCACCGGCAACGCGGAGGACACUUUGUCCCACAAGCUGGAGGACCUGAGCUUCGCUGACGACCGCUUCUGGAAGAACCGGGAGGAGCAGGAAGCACCGGAGGACCACGAGGAGUGGGCGGAGCACGAGGACUACAUGACGCAGCUGCUCCUCAAAUUUGGCGACCAUGGUGUCUUCCAGCAGCCCGAUGACACCAGGCCAGCUGAGCUGUGGAUGUCAGACUCUGAGGUCAAAAUGAAGGCGGCGCCAAACUCUGGCAGCCAUGGUCAGAGCCUGGCCAGUAAGAAGUAUCAGGCAGACAUGUACUGGGCUCAGUCGCAGGACGGCCUGGGAGACUCGGCCUACGGCAGCCACCCGGGGCCUGCCAGCAGUAGGAAGAUCCAGGAGCUGGAGAUGGACCACGCUGCUGCCAGCUUCAAGCACGAGCAGAAGCAGUGGUACGACGACUCCCUGGAGUGCAUCACUGACGAGCUGAAGCAGCCGGAGCAGAGCAUCAGAGACUCCAUGGACUCAUUAGCACUCUCAAACAUUACUGGAGCCUCAGUGGAUGGGGACACCAAGGACCAGCCGUUGUUAUACUCCUUACAAAACUUCCAGGAGCUGGAGACAGCGGACUGUGAGAAAAUGAGCAACAUGGGGACUCUGAACUCGUCGAUGCUGCACAGGAGCACCAACUCUUUGAAGAGUCUGAAUUCGGAGCUGGAACAGGAGGAGGAAGGGGAGGCGGAGGAGGAAGAGGAGGAGGAGGAAGAGGUAUCUCUCCCGGAGGAGAAGCCCAGGGUGCCCCACGUGCCUGUGCUGAGGAGGACCCGGUCCCAGACCAGGCCACAGCAGGUCAAGUUCUCUGACGACGUGGUGGACAACGGGCACUACGAGGAGCUGGAGGUGCGGCAGCCGCCGAUGAGCGAGCGGACUCGCCGCAGGGUCUACCACUUCGAGGAGUUUGAGCGACCCAGCCGGCACCACCAUCACCAUCACCACCGGCGACGGCGAAGCCGCAAGUCCCGCUCGGACAACGCCCUGCACCUGGUGCCUAAGGAGCGGGCCCGCAUGUACUUCCGGGAGGACUACGACAAGCACGUCCCCGCCAAGCGAGCCCAGGACCCACAGACCUUCCUGCCCAAUCAGGAGCUGUACGGGUCGCGCCCCCACCCCCAGGCCACCUCAGACUACACCCUGCAGAACCCGGCCGUGGACAGGUUCCUGGAGCUGUACGGAGACGAUGACUGGUGCUCCACCUGCUCCUCGUCCUCCUCUGAGUCGGAGGAAGAGGGUUUCUUCCUGGGCCAGCCCAUCCCUCAGCCCAGGCCCCAGAGAUACCGUUACUAUGCCGACGACCUUCCGACCCCGGUGUCGGGAUUACCCUCGCCUCCCUACGGCCCACGGACAAAAUCCAAAAAGAAGAAAGGGCACAAGGGCAAAAACUGCAUCAUUUCAUAAACCGGGAAAAGAAACGACCCAAAUUAUCCACGUGUCUGAGCAUCCUUCUGCUGCAUUUCAGCUUACCUCUGAAAUAAAUGAAUUGUGCUUCUCACAUUCUUGCGCUUGCUGAUCUUAAGGUAUGGCAUGUGUUUACAAGACUUCUGCUCUCUUCUGAUGUUGUCCAUCAGCUUCUCCUCUGAGGUGAAUUCACACUGCAGGAAGGCCAUUAAAAAGAGUCAAAUUUAAACAGUCUCAUAACUUUCCUGUUAAUACAAAAUGUACUGUUUCAUAUGAUUUUAAAAGGUCCAUACAGUAUCCUAGCAACACACUACAUCAUCUGCAGUGUAUGCUUUAAAUAGCUACAGCAUUAUUUCCAGGAAUAAUAAAAGUAACUAUUUAUAAAGUAGCAUUUAGAGACUAAUGGACAUAAUUAUUUAACAGUGCAAAUAUUAAUGUAUAUAUUGUAAAGUUAAGAUUUUAAAAGCAAUAUUUUUAUAUCCCUGAGUUUCAAAAGAUUUUUUUAUGCUUCCAAUGUAAUGCUUUGCCGGCUGAAUUUACAGUCAGGAGGAGCUCAACUUUUGUUAAUCAGGGUUUUAAAAAUAAAGAUGUAACACGCUGCCAGUUAUGGCAUCAUGAUGUAUACUGACCCCUGCUAUCUCCAUUUAUGUGCUUUUGGUAUUAAAUUUAACAUGGCCUGAGUGUGCGUUGGGGACAGGAAUGCUCCUUUGUAUUAACCUUGGCUUGGUUUGGUUGCAAGCUUUUAUUUAUGGGUCAAAAUUAUAUUGUAAAGAGACCAUUGUAAUCUGU